UCCACUUUCUCAUUUAUGAAAAGUUGAUUCCCUCGACCACACGAACUCCUACAGGCUGCCCUUUGUUGGAUCGAGCGUGUUCUGGCUGCUGUGGGAACUUUCACCACAGCGUCGUUGGAGGGAGGGGGAGCUUCGGAAGCCUCCAACAGCCUCACACAAACGGAGCAGUCCGGUUCGGAGCUCCGGGAUGUCGGCCGUGAAGGCUCUGCAGCAGUGGUGCCGGGUCCGCUGUGACGGAUAUCGGGAUGUGAACAUCACCAACAUGACCACGUCUUUCAGGGACGGUAUGGCGUUCUGCGCCCUCAUCCACAAACACAGACCUGACCUAAUCAACUUUGAUUCCCUGAAGAAGGAAAAUGUGUAUGACAACAACAAACUGGCAUUUGGGGUUGCUGAGGUGGAAUUGGGAAUUCCAGCGCUGUUGGAUGCAGAAGACAUGGUGGCUCUUAGGGUUCCUGAUCGACUCAGUAUCCUGACAUACGUCUCGCAGUACUAUAACUACUUCCAUGGACGCUCCCCGAUCGGUGGUUUGGGAGGUAUUAAACGCCCUGCUGAAGCUCCCACAGGGGAACCGUCAGGAAAGAAGAACCAGCCUGUGACAUCUAAAGUGUUUCCCUCUUCAAAACCUGCAAGAGAGAACAGCCCGCCCCCCUCCUCCAACAUCACACAGCCCACUCCUUCCCCAAAACAAACCAGACAUACAAAACAGGUUGUUCCUGUUGAGAAACCCCAUCAGGCAGGCACUCUUAGUAACAAAUGUGUGUUCUGUAACAAGCAUGUUCACCUGGUGCAGCGACAUCUAGUGGACGGGAAGCUCUAUCACAGGCACUGUGCAAAGGCACUGCCAACUAAAAACACAAUGGCACCACUCAGAGAUCUACCCACAAACACCCCUGUUUCCAAAUUCACUCCUUUACAAGACACCACACAAACCAACAUGACCACUAAUACACCCUCCAGACCAGCAUGGAUGUCAGAGAAACCCAGCACCGCUCCUUCUUCCGCCUCAACGAUCUCUACUUUCUCUCCCUCCAAAACUUCUUCCCCUGCUGAAAAAGAGAGUCAGUCAUCUUUAAUAGUCUCCAAACCCACACCUUCACAAAUGACUUGGGAACCCACUCCCAUCACAACCACCUCCAUCAGCACAACGCCCAUUCCUGCUCCUCGUACCUCAACCACGGCCGCUAAGACAAUGCAAUCCAAGCUCAAGUUCUAUCAGUCGGAUGACACCGCUAAAGAGGAAGAAAAAAAGACUACAACCACAGACACUGACUUAAAAAAACAGCUGAAUGGGACUGAUAAAGUGAACACAACUAUCGACAAAGAAAAAAAGACUACAACCACAGACAUUGACUUAAAAAAACAGCUGAAUGGGACUGAUAAAGUUAACGCAACUAGUGACAAAGAAAAAAAGUCAACAACCACAUACACUGACUUUAAAAAAUAUCUGAAAAUUACUAAUAAAGUUAACGCAACUAUUGACAAAGAAAAAAAGUCUACAACCACAAACACUGACUAUAAAACACAUCUGAAUGUGUCUGAUAAAGUUAACACUACUAUCGAAAAAGAAAAAAAGACUACAACCCCAAGCAUUGACUUAAAAAAACACCUGAAUGAGACUGAUAAAGUUCACAAAACUAAUGACAAAGAAAAAAAGACUACGAUCACAAACACUGACUUUCAAAAACAUCUGAAUAUCACUGAUAAAGUUAUCACCACUAACGAUAAAGAAAAAAAGACUACAACCAUAAACAUUGACAUAAAAAAAGACCAACAUUUUGCUGAUAAGAACCAGGAGGCCUCAGUGGGACAGGCUGUGACUGUGGUUGUAAAUUGUGGUGGCAAAAAAGCAGAAAAUGUAAGCUUGAACACAGUCGGAGAAAAGACGAAAACAGCAACUGCAGGUGGAGAUUCAGGAAUGGUGAGUGAGAGCAGUAAGGCGAAAGCUUCAGCAGCUGCCUUCAUCUCCAAAACACUGACAGAGGAGAGCAACAAUAACAACAGUAAACCAUCAUGGACGAAUGUAGUGCUAAAGAAAACUGAAAAACCUUCUCAAGUGGAGACUCCAAAGAAGGAGAAGGAGGGAGACAGAGGGAGGGUGAGGCUGAGGCUGAGAGCAGAUCCAUCAAUCCUGGCUGAUCUACAGACUCCAGAGACCCCAAACUCUGCUCCGACCCUAGCAGGAACGAGUGGACUCAGAGCCAGAACUCCAGACCCAAUCGGCUCAAAGUCCAACAGCAUUUCACCAAACAGAUCAGCAGCAUCAGAAAACAAAGAUACUCCAGCGGACUGGCGGUCCAAGCUCAAACCCGUCUCUAAAGAAACAAAACAGACUGGUCCUCCAGAGUCCUCGCCUAAACCACCGACUAAUGGAGGUGCAAAGUCACAGACUUCAGGGCUUUCAGUUGGGCCUUCACCAUCCACUCAUCUCUCCGACCCAAGCAUUUCUGUCACUCCACCAGCAUCAAGGGAAUUCCUGAAUGGUCAGAAAGGUCUAACUACAAAUGGCUCCAAGUCGGAGUCAAAGAUUAUCAAGUCAAAGCCAGACUACAUUCAGAAAGAGGACAUAAUAAAGGAACUGAUUGAGAUUGAGGAUAACUUGAACGAGUUGGAGGAGAGGGGAGUGGAGCUUGAAUUGAAGCUUCGCAGCAGUGAGGAGGAGGGUGAAGAUGACUCUCUCAUGGAUGAAGUCAUGGUCGAGUGGUUCAACUUGAUCAGGAACAAGCAGGUGGCCAUACGUCGGGAGUCUGAACUGGUCUACAUUGGAAAAACCCAGGACCUGGAGGAACAGCAGCCCAGUGUUGAACAGGAGCUCAGGAGACUGAUGGAGAAACCAGAACGACUAAAAACAGUAUGGGACAAGAAGAGAGAAGAGGAGCUGAUGGACAAACUGGUGGAGAUCGUCAAUGACAGAAACGCUAUUGUCGAGGGUCUGGAUGACGACAGACUCAGGGAGGAAGAGGAGGACGAAGAGCUUAACAAGAUGAUGAGGACUUUCAGUGUAAAGAAAGACAAACCGAAGAAGAAAUCUCCGAUGUCCAAACUGUUCAGCUGGGGAAACAAGAAGGAGGGAUAAUGCUCUAAACACAGGGCUGUUACUGUAUACUUUGAUGUUUUUUUUGCUCUAGUUGUAGUCUUAAUGUCAGCAUACUAAGGCUGUGAUUCAGGGGAUAACAUGGAGAGAGAGAGAGAGAGAGAGAGAGAGAGAGAGAGAGAGUGUGUGUGUGUGUGUGUGUGUGUGUGUUCUGUCAUUUUAAGUGCUUAUAGAAGAAUGCCCUUCCCUCUGUCGAGUGCAUCAAUCAAGAUCUGACGUUCCUCCUGCCUGCCAGUGCUACACACACCCAAACACAGAUGAUGUUGAGGGGUUAAUGACUCACCAGCAGUGAUGUGAUUGGGUUCAGUGCUCCAGUUGUUAGCUUUAAUACCCUUCUAGUCUUAAUCUGUCUACUUAACGCUGUCAAACACGAAACACACACACAGACACUCACAUUUCUUCUCCUUAUAUAUACUCCAGAUGCUAAUAUGAGUUAAAGAACAGAGGUCAGGCAGCUGCUUACAUAUCUCCAGCGACUUUCUGUCUGACCCUGUUGUUGUAAAUACCAUGUUGAACUGCAUUUCUCUUUAUUUCAAAGGUUCCUCUGUGUCACGUCGAGAACAAAACACAUUUUUAUUGGACGACAACAAGUUUACUAGGACAGUUAUUGAUAAGGUGACAUUUUUUCUUCAUAACCUUUCGAUAUAUAAGAGCAACUUUCGGACAAAGGGUUUUACUGUAGCCUAUAUUUGGGGGUUAAGGAGUUGUAAGAGGGUUUACAGGAAAACAAACGGCAGAGAACCAUUAUUUUGUUGCAAGAAAUAAUUAUAACAUUUUCUUUUAUUUCUUUUAAUAUCAGGCCUAAAAGAGCCGGAGAACUCAGAUGUCAGGCCAUGCCUGUUUAUAUGAUAUUAAACAGACAUGGCCUUAUUUUAAUGGGUUUUAAUCCAAAAAGGGCAGAAUGCACUUGUGUGCCUGCAAUCUGAUUGAAGUUAUACUUACUAAAGAUUCAGAGCUUUCAGCUGCAUGUAAAGGUAGAAACAGUGACAAGAGUCUUUGAAAAACUCCAAAUUAUCACUACGAGUUCUUUAAACUCAGAUUAUCUUCACUGUAUACUACUUUAUUAUUAUUUUUAAAAAUCAAAAUAACACUCUUUUGGCUUAAUGUGUUUUAAAGUUCAAAUGUCUUUUUGUUUUUCCUUUUUCACUUUGAGUCAUGUUUGACUGCAGUUGAACGACUGUGUGUUUAAUCAAGUUCUAAAUGUGGUUUGUGAAGUACGGGCUUUAAACUAGUAGAAUGACUGGACUGGGUGUUCGUUAGUCAUAGAAAAUCUAACCCUGGUCCAUAUUGGAUCUGAAUUUGUACAUCAUUUAAAUAUUUUUCAGCUAAAUGAAUAAAUCGACUCUUUAUUUUCCCGUUGGAAGUGGUUUUUUGAAGAGGUACCAAAGCAAACUUUGUUUUCUGUAUUGCGACCAAACCACUCGCCUAGUGGUUUGGUCACCGUUUGUAUUUUAUUGUUCUUUUCACAUUAUUCCCCAAUAAUCAGCUGUACCUUUUUGUAUAAAUUGUAUUAUUAAUGGAUAAACUUGUCUGGAUUUUAACUAAAUUAAAAAUAUGAAAAUAUGAA